GUUAAUUCACACGUUCACUAGCUUUGUUAGAAACAUGACGUUGCCGGCUCUCACUUUGAAGAAAGUUUUCGAUAACUUUAAGCAUGUUCGGAGUGUCGUUAGGCAUAAACACGUGUGGUCAAAAGAUAACGUAGUGAAAUCUCCUUAUGAAGAUGUCAAUAUCCCAGAAAUGACCAUUGUUGAUUAUGUUUGGCGAGAUCUGGAAAAAUGGCCGACCAAGACAGCUGUGCAUUGCGGUGUCACUAACAGAAGUUACUCGUAUGAACAAAUGUAUAAGCAGUCCAGGACUUUAGCUACAAAUCUUAUCAAAAAGUUUAAAGUCCGAAGUGAUGAUGUUAUCGGUAUCAUGUCACCCAAUAUUCCUGAAUAUCCCAUUGUCACAUUUGGUGUACUUGCUGCUGGAGGAAUAGUAACAACAUUUAAUCCUGUUUACACUGAAUACGAAGUCCAAAGACAAAUUGAAAUAUCUGACGUAAAAAUUAUGAUAGCUUUUGAAAAUUGCGUCCCGGUAGUCAAUAAAGCUCUAAAACUUGCAAAAAAAAACAUCCCUGUGAUUUCGAUAAAAGUAGAAAAGCCUCUACCAGAGAAUACAGUAUCAUUAAUGGAAUUAAUAGAAGAUCCUCAUGUAGAUUUUGAUAUUCUAAAAUCUGUGAGAAGGAAACCAAAUGAUGUAGCCAUUAUGCCGUAUUCAAGUGGAACCACAGGACUACCUAAGGGAGUGGAAUUGACAAACAGAAACUUAGUUGCUAACUGUGAACAACAAACCACUGAUGUUAGACAGUAUAACUAUACAACAGAAACACAUCAAGAUGUUGUUCUAGCAGUCCUUCCUCUAUUUCAUUCGUAUGGAUUGACUAUAGUCAUGCUUAAUAAAAUGGCAGCUGGAUUAAAAUUAUUAACAUUACCAAAAUUUCAGCCAGACUCAUUCUUAGGGGCCCUUAAAAUUCACCGUUCAAAUAUUUUGUAUGUAGCUCCACCAAUGGUUUUGUUCUUGGGAUCAAGUUCCCAGAUAACGCCUGAGCAUUUCGCGUCGGUUCGACUUGUCACUUCUGGUGCAGCGCCGUUACCGCCUGCUGACGUAGAAAAAAUGAUGUCAAAGGCUCAAGGUAGAAAGUUUGGAAUUGUUCAAGGAUACGGAAUGACCGAAGCUGCUCCUCUUGUAACACUGAGCCCUCUGGAUUGUGAUGACUAUGAAACUGUUGGGCAUGCAAUCCCAAAUGUAGAGCUAAGGGUUGUUGAUGAUAAAAUGAAUAACUUAGGUCCAGGUCAAGUUGGUGAACUAUUAAUAAAAGGUCCAAAUAUAAUGAAAGGCUACAGGAAUAACCCAGAAGCUAAUACAGAAGUAUUUGUAGAUAGCGGUUGGUAUAGAAGUGGAGAUAUAGCAAAUAUUGACGAAUGUGGACUUGUUUACAUCACUGAUAGACUGAAAGAACUAAUAAAGGUAAAAGGAUAUCAAGUUCCUCCAGCCGAGUUGGAGAAUGUUCUAAAAGAACACCCAUCCAUUCACGACGCUGCUGUUAUUGGAGUACCAGACGCCAGUACUGGAGAAAGACCCAAAGCUUUUGUUGUGACUGUACCAGGGUCUAACGUAAAAGAUCAUGAAAUAGUCGAGUUCGUUGAAAAACGAGUAGCGCCUUAUAAAAAAAUAACAGAAAUUGAGUUUGUUGACAGUAUACCAAAGAGCGUUUCUGGUAAAAUAUUAAGAAGACUAUUGCAAUGAGCAAUUGAUUUAAUUUAUUACAUGAUUAAGCAAAUU